GUAUAUGAUAAAGCAAUGGGUGAUUUGAAGGGAGACGAAAGAAUUGGUGGUGGUGGUGACGGAUCAAAGAAGCUGAGGAGGCAGAUUCCAAUCCCAUCGAUUUGAUUUCGCCAUGGCCACGCCCUCCGAUCCUUCAAACCAAGAAGGUGUUGUAAGAAGGAGGAACAACGGACCCCCUUUUAAGUUCCUUGUUCCUCUCAUCUAUGCUCCUGUACUCCCUCUCAUUCGUCUAUCGCUGCGCCAUAAACCCGUCUUGAGAGAUCGUUUGUUCGCUGCCGUCUUGGCUGGGGCUUUUGCUCAUGGCUUCUAUCUCGUAACAGAUAUAUAUGAUAUUGAGAGCAAAUGAUUAUGCAGAGCAUGUUUCAGGCAUUUUACAACCUCAGGUCCUCAAUAAAUUCUUUUGACCACUGUUUGGGGCUCGACACCCUGGUAACACCUUAAAUAGAAUAGGUCAAUUUGAACAUGUAUGAUUAUUUUUUUCAAUUAUUUUGGAAGAUUAUUAUGUCAUGUACCCCUUAAGAGUUGCAUCUUGCAUUGCGGAUUUUGCUUUCUAUAGAAUAACUAUGGAAUUUGGAUGUUGUUCUUUGAUCUGUAAGUGUUGUAAAUGCAGAAAAAUUAUCCUGUUUGUCUCUCUUGAUACCAAUGCUAUUUCUCA